AUGCAUAUCAAGCUAGGAGCCGGGCUGCUCCAUCGUCAUGACACUCUCGAAGACGGAACUGUGAUGUUUCACGAGCUUCAAUCGCCCGAAUCUGAUAUUUGCGUCCCAAAGGCGUUUUCGAGCAUUGACAUGGACAAGAUUACGCCCAACUCGUGGUUCAUGAACCAAGAUGGACGGUUCCAGGCAUUUGAGUACGAUGCUAGCGGCAGGGCAACUCAGCUCGAUCCAGCUUUCGCUUCAGAUCUCGCUGAGUUUCUCAAAGCUCACAAUUUAGAGAAACGAAUCUCAAUCAUUCCGAACCCUUCCGACAGAGAAGAUUUCAUCGAGUUCACACAUCCUAGUGGACGUGGCACCAUCAGCGUUCCUCUUCGCCUCAUCUCCGAACAAAAUAUUGAGACGAGCGAACCUGUCAUCACUGGAUGGAGCUUCCAUGUCAAUGAAAUGGGGUUGUUGAGUGCAAAGAGAAUAAUGUCUGUGCCCCUAUGA